AUGGAGCCCGUGUUUGACCUGGACAGCAACAGCUGCGACAUGUUCCCGCACUCUGACGUCGAGGAAGUGCGUGUGGAGCCCGAGCAGAAGAAGCGGCGGCGGGGGCGCGCACGCUGCGAGACGCAGGUGCACGUUGUGAAGAAGAACCGCAGACUGAAGGCCAACGACCGCGAGCGCAACCGCAUGCACAACCUGAAUGACGCGCUGGACGCGCUCCGUCGCGUGCUGCCCGCGUUUCCGGACGAGACCAAACUGACCAAGAUCGAGACUCUGCGCUUUGCGCACAACUACAUCUGGGCCUUGUCCGAGACCAUCCGCAUUGCAGACCUACACCAGGGAGCACCUCAGCAGCCCCCCAGCCCGACCUGGAGCUCCGGCUCCUCCGCCUCCAGCUCCCCGUCCUACUGCUCCAGCCCCGGCAGCAGCCCCGCGCACGAUGACUAUAGCCUGGCGGGCUUCGGCUUCGGGUCGGGCCUGUUCUGAAGGCCCAGAGAGAGGGCCCUGAAAGCGUCCUCACGCAGACUGA